GCAAGAAGAUGGUUAUGUUUCCGCUAACUUCUCGAGAAUACGAACAAAAUCUUAUAGCAGGCAUUCUAUUCUGCCUUGUAUGGGAUGGAAACUCGUGGAAUAUAGAAUUAUGCACAUUGCUUACCCGGACAGGUAAUGCCGCCAUCCUUUUCAGAUUAACCGGUGCGUACAUCGUAAAAACCGGCAAUCAUGUACAGUUAUACUACUGUAUUCGUAGCCACGAUGGCAUGACAUUUGUAUCGCAACAGUGUUAUAAGUACCGUACGAUGAAUGAUCUGGCAAGCGAUGAUGAUGUGUGGAAGUUUUGUUCAAAGAAAUGAUAAGCAAGUUUGCAAAAGUGGUAGCAACAAGUUGGAGCUGCACUGCUGCAGAUGCUUGCGUCGAAGUUAACUUCGCAGUUUUCUGUAAUCAGAAACCCUGAUCCUGUAGUUGUUGUUUUGUCGCUUUAUAACUGGAAUACACAUUUCGCCUUCUAUCUGUUAAUUUGGAAAUCCGUGGCAGCUGGAAAGUUCCAGAUUCCGGACAGUAGGCGCGAGGAAGCAGUAAACUUUUGUGGUCCAGAUUUCGGACUGCACUGCACUGUACACAUAAAAGAAAAUGGAGGGUGCUGUUACCGCUACUGCAUCUGUGGCCGAGCUUCUGGCAUCCGCAUCGGAAGCGUUCACAAAACGAUUUAGCACCUCUCCUGUUGUCUAUGGACUGGCUCCGGGACGGGUGAACCUGAUUGGCGAACACACAGAUUACAAUGAUGGAUUUGUCUUGCCAAUGGCUGUACCAAUGACGACGAUUGUUGCCGGGGCGGUUAACACCAAUCCCAGUGGAAAAAGCACAAUCGUUACUGUAGCUCGCGAUGCAGACAGUCCCAAAGAAAUCACUAUCGAUUCCGGUGAAUCUUUACAGUCCGGUCAACCGGCAUGGGCGAAUUAUGUGAAGGGAGUAUUGGCUAAUUUUAGCGAAUCUGCGAAACUUCCUUCGUUCGAUGCUGUAAUCGUAUCUUCCGUGCCGCUCGGCGGAGGGCUUUCGAGUUCGGCUUCGCUAGAAGUGGCCACGUACAUGUUCCUCUCAGCUCUAACGGAAACCGGUAACAUCGACCACAAAAAAGCUGCUGCAGCUUGUCAAAAAGCUGAACAUGAUUUCGCCAAUAUGCCAUGCGGUAUUAUGGACCAAAUGAUAGCCUGUCUGGCAAAAGAAGGGCACGCGCUGCUGUUGGAUUGCCGGUCACUGGAGACGGAUUACAUUCCUCUUGAUGACCCCGAGAGUGUUAUCCUGAUUACAAACUCGAAUGUGCGCCAUACACUGAGCGGCAGCGAAUAUCCCGAACGGCGCCAGUGUUGCGAGAAAGCCGCUCGCAUCCUGGGUGUUCCCAGUUUGAGGGAGGUCACCUUGGCGACUUUGGAGGCCAACAAAAGCAAGCUGGACUCGACAACAUAUCACCGAGCCCGGCACGUUGUUACGGAAACUGAACGAACACGCGAAGCAGCCGAUGCGUUAAAAUCACGAGAUUAUCAACUGUUUGGUCGGCUUAUGAACGAAAGCCAUGCGUCUCUCAGGAAUGAUUACGAAGUAUCAUGUGUCGAGUUAGACCAGUUGGUUGAUGCUGCACAAUCCGUUCCCGGUGUUUUCGGUUCGCGAAUGACCGGUGGCGGAUUUGGUGGUUGUACGGUGACUUUGGUCAAGCGAGCUGCUGUACCCAAUGCUAUCAAGGCAAUGAAAGAUGGUUUUACUGGAACGCCCUCCUUUUACGUGUGCCAGGCCAGCACGGGAUGUCGAACGGGUUGGGUCCGUAUAGAUACAGCAAGAAGUUCACAUCAUCACAUGCGUGAAAAAUGUUGGAGAAGACAAUCAGUGAACCUUUUCUGUUGCGUAUCGGAAUCGAACAAUACAAGCAAGUACGAAGUAAUACGGUGUCGUCGUGUCGAACUUGAACGUUUUUACAUAAACCAUAAUAGUAGGAAGUUAGGAACUAACAAAGAGUAACAAAGCGAUAAGGCU